ACCCCACCCCUCACCUCCAAUUCAACCCACCGCUAAAAAUUACUAGCCCUUUUCGAAGAUGUCGCCUCGUCUCCCUCUCCGCUUCACCCUCCGCACAAUCCGGGCGUCGCCGAGGCUAUACUCGACAGCCACGGCCGCCGAUUCGACAGCACCGCUCAUCAAUGUGACGCUGCUCCCGGCCCCCAACUCGGGCCACAUCCGCAUCCUGGAACUCAACCGCCCGUCCGCGCGGAACGCCAUCUCCAAGGCCCUCCUCUCGCAGCUGCGCGCCGAGAUUGACGCCGUUCACUCGCAAUAUGACGAGCACGGCGACGAGAUCCCACCGCCCCGUGUCUUUGGCGGCGCCGCGGGGCUCGACGAGAAAGGCCCAACGCGGGCGCUCGUCAUCGCCAGCGCCCUCGACACCAGUUUUUGCGCUGGAGCCGACCUGAAGGAGCGGAAGAGCUUCACCCAAGCCGACACUACCGAAUUCCUCACCAACCUCCGCGGCACCUUCGCCUCCCUCGCCUCCCUCCCCAUCCCCACCAUCUCGACCAUUUCCUCCCUCGCCCUCGGCGGCGGCCUCGAGCUCGCCCUAUCAACCCACCUCCGCGUCCUGUCGACCAACGCCGUCGUCGGCCUCCCCGAGACCCGGCUGGGCAUCAUCCCCGGCGCGGGCGGCACCCACCGCCUACCGGCCCUGAUCGGGCUCUCCCGCGCCCGCGACCUGAUCCUGACGGGCCGCCGCGUCUCCGCCACCGAGGCCUACUUCCUGGGCAUCGCCGACCGGCUCGUCGAGGUGCCGUACCCGGAGGAUAAAGACGUGCCGGGCGUGAAGGAGGGCGAGAAGGCGAGCGACGAGGCGAAGGAGAUGCUGUUCCUCAACGGGGCGCGGCGCGGGGUCAUGAGCGAGGCGGUGAGGAUGGCGACGGAGAUUUGCGAGGGGGGGCCCGUGGCGGUGCGGGCUGCUCUGCAGGCGGUCGCUUGGGCCCGGGAGGAGAUGGAGAAUAAGAUGUACGAGCGGGUCGUGGGCACCGAGGACCGGAACGAGGCGCUACGUGCCUUCCAGGAGAAGAGGAAACCCGUGUUUAAGGGCCGGUAA